GCUUUUUCUCUCUCUCCCUCCCCGUCUCUCGGGCUCAAGGUGUGGUUUAAAAACCGCCGGGCCAAGUGCCGGCAGCAGCAGCAGCAGCAGCAGAAUGGGGGCCAGAACAAGGUACGGCCAGCUAAAAAGAAGAAUUCACCGGCCCGGGAAGUGAGUUCGGAGAGCGGGACCAGCGGGCAGUUCACUCCCCCCUCCAGCACCUCGGUCCCCACCAUUUCCAGCAGCAGUGCCCCCGUAUCCAUCUGGAGCCCGGCGUCCAUCUCCCCGCUCUCAGACCCCCUGUCCACCUCUUCCUCCUGCAUGCAGAGAUCCUAUCCCAUGACCUACACCCAGGCAUCAGGCUACAGCCAAGGAUAUGCUGGCUCGACCUCCUAUUUCGGAGGGAUGGACUGUGGAUCUUACUUGACCCCUAUGCACCACCAGCUUCCCGGACCGGGGGCCACCCUGAGUCCCAUGGGUGCCAACGCGGUCACCAGCCACCUCAACCAGUCCCCAGCCUCCCUCUCCACCCAGGGCUAUGGAGCCUCCAGUUUGGGCUUUAACUCCACCACCGAUUGCUUGGAUUAUAAAGACCAAACGGCCUCCUGGAAGUUAAACUUCAAUGCUGACUGCUUGGAUUAUAAGGACCAGACAUCGUCAUGGAAGUUCCAGGUUUUGUGAAGAACCUUUGUGAUAACGAGAGAAAUCGUGACGAGAACGAACAGGCUGGGCUGAGCGCUCCAGUUUUAGUCAGGUCUUGGUUAAAUUAAAGAGAAAAAAUAACUCAACGGACAAACAAAUGAACAACAACAACAAAAAAAAAGACAGCGACAAGAGGGGGACAGUGUUGGUGUGAUCCCGUUCAGACUCAUCUCCUGCUCAGACGCUCUGGAAAAGGAAUAAUAAAGAGGAAAAACAGAGGAGGAAGGCCUUAAAUGGACAGAUCAUCUAGUGAGCAGAAAACAGACCGACCCAUCUGUGUUCUUUCUAGUUUUAGGCAAUUGUUGGGUUUCUUUGUUUGGAAGAGGUGGGAGAUCGUCCCACCUACGGGCCAGUUUU